AUGAGGGCCGCGGGCCGCCUUGGCGCAGCAGGGAUGGCGGCAGCUCGUGUGGCGCACAUCGCCCUUGCGGCGUGCGUGCUGGCUGCGGUGCUCAGCGGCGUGGCCGACAGCGAGCCGAUAUCCGAGUGGAUGGAGGGAAGCACCAACCACUUUGGAGGGCCCGCGGAGGGAGACCCCUUCAAUCCCCUGGUGCCCAUUGGGGGCUGUAGCUAUGGAGAGCUGAAUCCCAGGGAGUUCCCGUUCUACAACAUCUUGAGCGUGGCUCCCGACAGCGAGUUGGUGUCUGAUAAAUCGAUGGGCGGCUGCGGCGCCUGCUACGAGAUCCAGUGCGCCGAUUCGGUGGAAAAGUGCAACAAUGGCCCAUUUUCAAACAGCGUCGAGGCCAUGAUUGGCGGGACGUGUUUGGGCGGAUGUCACAGCACAAACGUGAAUCUCCACGUUUUUGCUUUUGACAAGCUGGCACCCAUCCGGCUGGGAAACAUAAGAAUUCGUCUGAGACAGGUCGAGUGCAAACCCAAGGCAAACAUCGUUUUGAAGGUGAAGACGUAUCGGGUGGAGGAAGGUGGUUACAUAAAAUUCGUCAUUCGAAAUGUUCCUGGCGACGGCGGCCUAAGAUCAGUGGAGCUGAAAGGAGCAAGAGAGAACGGAGGGUGGCGGCUUGCUGACAACCUCUUCGGUGCUGCUUGGGAAGCAAGCGUGCUGCCUGAUGCGCCCCUUGACAUCCGUCUCACAAACGUGCAAGGGGAGCAGUUGGUUCUCAAGAACGUCAUCAAAACACCAGGAUUCCUGGGAGACAUUGUGUCUGAUGGGCAGUUCAGCACUGCAGCUCCAGGAAAGACAAGCUCAGGACUGCACCCCCAUCCACCGACCCCUCAAGCACAACGGCGAUCGCAGCCAGCGCCAGAGCCGCAACCGCUGCACUCGCCAUCACCCUCAUCUUGGUCUGCUCUACCCUCGUCGAACAUCUCAUCCAUCCGUGUUGGCCCAUCUGCAGCUCCUGGGAGUGAGUUCCCCUCGGGCGUGUCCGCCAGUCCUCCAGAUGAGGCUGCAAAACCUGUUGCGGGAAUCAGCGCCUCCAUCAUGGAGGCGCUGCGUGGGUUUCUCCUGGGCCCGGCGGAGCUGGCCACGCCAGGAGAUGCAUCUGCCGGGCACAAGGACGCCAGUGCUGUCACGGUUCUCGAGUUUCCCGUCUUGAGCGGUCGCUAG